UGGCUGGCUGGGUCCCAGCCAGAGACCUUGCUGGCUUUUGCUUGCUGCCAGUCGGGAGGUGAAGGCUUGAAGACAAGAAGAAAACUCAGCACACGGGGCUCUGGGACCACCUUGCUUCCACUGGUCUUCCAAGCAUGGGGUCUGUGGCAGCUCUGCCCUGCCUGCUGUUUUUUGUCCUGUACUUCACAGCUGGAGCAUCUGCAAAGCCGCACUACAUGGUGUUCUUCCCCUCCAUGCUGUACUAUCCAUACACUGGCAAAGUGCACAUCCACCUCAUGGACCUGGACGAGCCCGUGCAGGUGACGCUCCACCUGGCCAGCAGCCUCAGAGUCCCCAACAUCACCCUGGAGAAGCAGGGCAGCGAUAUCCUCCAGCUGAACUGGCCCCGCUUCUCCAACGUUUCUACCCCUCCUGCAAGCAUCUAUGAGGUUGCGCAUCUUCACGUCUCCAUCCAGGGAGGUUCCCUGCAGGUGUCUGAGCAGAAGAAAGUACUGGUGAAAACCCUGGAGCUGGGGACCUUGGUGCAGACAGACAGGGACGUCUACAAGCCUGGACAAACUGUGAAGUUUCGAAUUGUCCGUUUGGAUCAAAACUUCAUUCCCAGCAACAGGGAGCUCCCGUUGGUGGUCGUGAAGAAUCCCAGGAGGAAGACCGUGGCGCAGUGGCGGGGGGUGAGCCCACGGCAGGGCAUCGUAGAACUGUCCUUCCCGCUGGCUGCGGAGCCAGCCCUGGGCACAUACACCAUCAAGGUGGAGGGCAAGCAGCACUCCUUCAGCGUGAAGGACGACGGGCCACCCCACUUUGAAGUGCUGAUCCGGCUGCCCUGCGUGGUGGUGAAGGACGAGAAGACCCAACUGGACAUUUGUGGGCGGUACCCGUCCGGGAGAACUUUCCGGGGAAGAGCUGAAGCCAGGCUGUGCCGGUCCCGUGAAGAUGAUAUUUCCCUGAAGGGAUCUUUGAGGAACUGUGUUGAGUUUAGGGGCCAGAUGGGGAGGGAUGGCUGCUUCUCCGCUGAGGUGCCGGCGGCUUCCUUCAGCCUGACCAGCUUCCAUGGGAGUCGGCUCUAUGCCUCUGCAACGCUGCUGGAGGAGGGGACCGGGAUGUGGCGCACAGUGACCAGAAGCUGUGUAAUUGUGGAUGAAAUGGCCACGAUCACCUUUGAAAACCACGAUAAAUUCUACAAGCCAGGCAUCCCCUACACCGGGACGAUGUUGCUGAAGAGAACCAACAGCUCUGCCCUGAAGGAGAAGGAGUUCCUGCUUGUGGUUGAUACUGGACUAAAACGGCAAACAAAAACCCUGCUCAUGGAUGGAUCGGGGAGAGCCUCCUUCGAGCUGGACACCUCUGGCUGGAAUGGCGAGGUCUUCCUGCACGCUGCACCCAAGACAGAUGAAGGCCAGAAGUAUCUCCGUUACCAAAGUGUCUCUCGCUACCUGUAUCCCUCCUCUUCGGACAGCCAAAGUUUCCUAAAGAUCCACAGGGUGGGAAAGAAGCUGCCCUGCGGCCAGCCCCAGCAGCUCGAGGUGGAUUAUUUGUUCGACGAGAAGGUCAUGGGGAUGAAGCUGCAGAAUCUGGAUGUGGUCUUCCUGGUCCUGGCCAAGUGGACCAUUGUUACCUUCCUCAGGAAAGAGCUGCCUGCAGAGGCUGGGCUGAGAGGCUCCUUCUCCCUGGAGCUGCCCAUCGGCCCCGAGCUGGCACCCACGGCCAAGGUGCUGGGCUACGUGGUGCUGCCCAACGGGGAGAUGGUGGCUGACAGCACCGAGCUCAGCGUGGCCAAGUGCUUCCCCAACAAGGUGAAUCUGUCCUUCUCGGAGCAGAGGGCUCUGGUGGGCUCGCAGCUCCGCCUGAAGGUGCAGGCUGCCCCAGGGUCACUCUGUGCCGUCUACGCUGUGGAUCAACGCACACGGUCCUCUGGUGCCCAGGGCAAGGUCAACCCCAGUGUGGUCUAUAAGUUAAUCCCAAUGUUUUCUGAAGAUGGCUAUCCUCAAGUCGAAGAACGUGAUACACCUCGCUGUCAGCCAAAUCUGUACCCCGCACUACAGGCUCCAUCCAUUAACUGUUUUGAUGUGCCCAGGCGUCGCUGGAGGGAUUGCUUCCACAGCCUCUGGCGCAGGGCGGUACCAGUGCCUGACAUCCAGCCAGGCUCCUACACCCUGAUUAAGGAUGCAAGUCUGAAAGCUGUCACCAAUGCUCAGCUGGGCUGUGCACCAAACAUCCAACUUCAAAGCUACCAAAGCCUUUUACACCCCCGAGGAGAAGGACUGGAGGAAGAUGAGCAGGCAGGUGUCAUGGAGGACACAGGGAUGCAGGUGGAUUUCUUAGGGACGUGGCUGUGGGAGCUGGUCCCUGUGGGGGAGGUGGGCUCUGCAGAGGUGACUGUGACGGUGCCCGAUGCCAUCACCCAGUGGGAAGCUGGGAUGUUCUGCACAUCCCCGCUGGGCUUGGGGCUGGCCCCUGCCACCACCCUCAUGGUUUUCAAGCCCUUCUUUGUGGAGCUGGCGCUGCCCUACGCUGUGGUCCGCCAUGAAGCCUUCACCCUCGUGGCCACCGUCUUCAACUACCUGCGGCAGUGCCUGCGGGUUCAGGUGACGCUGGCAGAGUCGGCGGAGCUGGAGGCGUCGGCGGUCACAGACGAGGUGUACAGUGGUUGUAUCUGCGCAGAUGAGGAGAGGACCUUCCAGUGGGGCAUGCGAGCCACCAGCCUGGGGAAUGUGAACAUCACCGUUAUCGCCAAGGCCCUGCACUCCAAGGAGCUCUGCGGCACUGAGAUGCCCGUGAUGCCAGCUCAGGGGCACGUGGACAUCGAGACAAAACUGCUGCUGGUGCAGCUCCCAAGACGAAUGUAAAGCAAACUUGCAGCUGCCUGGCUGUCCCUCGGCUCCUGACCCUGUCGUACCCCACCGGACAGCCAUGGUCUCCAGGGCUGGCAGCCUUUUCCCAUCCCUUCGUCCCUUCCACCUGACCCAGCAGGAGCCUGCAGCAAGAUGGUUGAGACAAGGACUUCAAAUCCCAGCCCCACUCACCAGCAACCCUGCCAUCCCACCGGGGUCGGGGGC